AUGGUGAAGAGAAGGUCGCCACCGUCAGUCAUGGUGAUCUCUGCCUUGAUGUGGGUAUUGGUGGGCCUACUGCUGGAAAGGAUCCCCCAGGUCAGAGAUUUCCGACCGCUUGUGUAUCUGGCACAGCUUCAAUUGGUGCUGCCAUCAGUUGACCAUCACCAAGUCGACAUCAAAGGCAACUGGCCGUUUGAAUCCAAUCUCAAAAUUUGCAAGUUCUGGAGUGCCUUCCCCCUCAGUUCGAAGUUUGGGAAGCAACUGGACCGUGGCCAAUCCAAAGCGGUGAGGAUAGAGUCGAUGUUCACCGCCAUGGCACCAGCACGUGUCAAGAGACAGUUGCAGUCUGCAGCAGCCAAACGAGCCAGCCAUACGAUCCAUGGUUGA